AACAACUGCCUCCACUAAUUCUCUCUACAUAUACCAACAAUAAGAUACGUUUCUCUCAUUUUCUGUUAUCUUUAACCCCUUCCACUCAUCUCUCUCUACAAUGAUGAGAAAAGGAGACGACCGGUUUAGAGCGGUUCACGAAGACGAACCGCUUUUUAUCACAGGGAGGAGAACCGGAAGGGUGAUAGCGUACCGGGUUUUCUCAGCCUCUGUUUUCUUUUGCAUCUGUUGGAUUUGGCUCUACAGAGUGACCGCACCAGUAGAGGUUGAUGAGAACCGGACCGGUUUAGUUCGAUUCGUGUGGUUGGUUAUGCUAGUCACAGAGAUUUGGUUCGGUUUGUACUGGAUAGUCAUGCAAUCUCCCCGCUGGAACCCGGUUUGGCGGUUCACCUUCACCGAUAGACUCUCCCGGAGGUACGGUGACGAUCUCCCUAGGCUCGACGUUUUCGUCUGCACGGCGGAUCCGGUGAUUGAGCCGCCGUUGAUGGUGGUCAACACAGUCUUAUCCGUAGCGGCUCUAGAUUACCCACCGGAGAAACUUGCCGUGUAUCUCUCGGACGACGGUGGUUCCGAGCUCACGUUCUAUGCUCUUGCGGAGGCAGCUGAGUUUGCUAAAGUUUGGGUUCCGUACUGCAAAAGAUUCAACGUUGAACCGAGAUCCCCUGCUGCUUACUUGACGUGCAAGGCAAGUGGUUUUGAUUCAGCUGAAACAGAGGAAGUGGCUAGGUUGUAUAAAGAAAUGGCGGCGAGGAUUGAAACGGCGGCGAGACUCGGGAUAAUACCAGAUGAGGCGCGUUUGAAGUACGGUGACGGGUUCUCCCAGUGGGACUCUCACGCUACUCGCAGAAACCAUGGAACCAUUCUUCAAAUUUUGGUAGAUGGAAGAAAAGGUAAUACAGUAACAGUACCAACGUUGGUGUAUCUAUCGAGAGAGAAGAGACCAGAGCAUCAUCAUCACUUCAAGGCUGGAUCCAUGAACGCAUUGAUAAGGGUGUCUUCGAAGAUCACAUGUGGGAGAAUCAUACUAAACUUGGACUGUGAUAUGUACUCAAACAACUCAAAGUCAGCACGCGACGCGCUCUGCAUCCUCCUUGAUGAGAAAGAGGGGAAAAAGAUUGCUUUCGUGCAGUUCCCGCAGUGUUUUGAGAACCUUACCAAGAAUGAUUUAUAUGCAAGCAUGAUGCGAGUUGGAUAUGAUGUGGAGUUUAAUGGAUUAGAUGGAAAUGGCGGUCCAUUAUACAUUGGAACUGGCUGCUUUCACAGAAGAGAUGUGAUCUGCGGAAGAAAGUAUGGCGAGGUAGAGGUUGAAGAAGAAGAAGAAUCUGAGUAUAUUUCAGAGACUGAGAUGAUUAAGGCUCUUGCAAGCUGCACUUAUGAAGAAAACUCUCAAUGGGGAAAGGAGAUGGGUGUGAAAUAUGGUUGCCCGGCAGAGGAUGUAAUAACCGGUUUAGGGAUUAAAUGCCGUGGAUGGAAAUCAGCAUACUUGAACCCGAAAAAGAAAGCUUUUGUCGGUGUAGCGCCGACCAAUUUGCAUCAAAUGCUAGUGCAGCAAAGGAGAUGGUCAGAGGGUAACUUUCAGGUUCUGCUUUCAGUGUAUAGUCCGGUUUGGUAUGGCCAAGGGAAGAUCGGUUUAGGAUUGAUACUUGGUUACUGUUGCUAUUGCCUUUGGGCUCCAAGUUCAGUACCUGUGCUUAUUUACUCUGUUUUGACUUCUCUCUGUCUCCUCAAAGGCAUUCCUCUGUUUCCAAAGGUCUGGAGCUCGUGGUGGUUUAUCCCGUUUGGAUACGUGACUGUUGCAGCUAAUGCUUAUAGCUUAGUCGAGUUCUUGUGGUGCGGAGGUACGUUACGUGGGUGGUGGAACGAGCAAAGGACGUGGCUUUAUAGAAGAACAAGCUCGUUUAUAGAAGAUGCCAGUGACCGUGACAGUUAACUCCUUUGUAAAGUUUGCAACAGCUUGUCUUUUAGGGCAUUUCCAAUAAAAUCUUCUCCAACUCCACUCCAUAAACCCCGAGUAAUCUUAGCUAUUACUCUAUUAUGAAGUUGAAUAUUAUUUUUUUAUAAAAUGGUCAUUUUAAUCUUCAA